CCUCCUGGCCAGGUUUAUGGCAAGUGGCCAGGCUGGAGCCCACAGGCCCUGGGGGUGUGGAGCCUCCUGGGGACAGAACCAUCGCCCACUCCGCCCCCCACGGAGCCCAGAACCACCUGUACUCCAACCCUCCGCCCAGGGGUUCCAAAUCUCAGACACCGUGUCCCCCCUCUUCUGCAGGUCAGCCUUUCCGUGCGGUUCUUCCAGGAGACCCCUGCUGGUCCACCUGCCCCUGUUCCAGGAUCUCCAUGCAACUCCUGAGGUUGGCAGAGAACGGGGGACACCAUCCUGCGGCCCUCUCUUCGAUGACAGGCCAGGCCAGGCGCUGCCCGCUUCCUGCCCCGUGACUCAGCACCCUCGCCCAGCACAACACGACUUUUGCCCCCUGCGCGCUGUGCUGACCUCCUGCUCGGAUCCGUCCAGGCUCUCCCGCCACAGCUGCCCGGGCUGUGGGGAGCCGGAGCCCCCGGGGGCCAGGGUCAGCACUCUGGCAAGAUGGGCGCGCUGGGCCGUCCCCGGGUCAUCCUACUCACCCACCUGCUGGUUGCCCUGGAGCUCACCUGCCUCUUCAUGCGGUUCUCCAUCAUGCCGGGCUACCUCUCCCGCUCCCGACCGACUGCACACCCCGGACUCCCUGACCCUUCCCGUGGGCCCCUCCUGUUUGCAGUACCUGACCCGGCGGCUGGGCCUGGAUUCUGUGGCCUUCGGCUACCUGCAGACGGCCUUCGGCGUGCUUCAGCUGCUGGGCGGGCCGGUGUUUGGCAGGUUCGCCGACCAGCGCGGGGCGCGGGCCGCGUUCACGCUCAGCUUCCUGGCGUCCUCCGCCUUCUACCUGAUCCUGGCGGCCGCCUGCAGCCCGGCCCUGCCCGGCGUGGCCUUGCUCUAUGUCUCGCCCUUGCCCGCGGCACUCAUGCACGCGCUGCCAGCCGCUCAGAUGGUCAUCACCGACCUGUCUGCGCCCGAGGAGCGGCAGGCGGCCCUGGGCCGGCUGGGCCUGUGCUUCGGGGUUGGCAUGAUCUUCGGCUCGCUGCUCGGCGGGACCCUGAGCGCCACGUGCGGGCUUCGAUGUCCAGCCUCCGUGGCUCUUGUAGCCAACCUCGUGGCAGCCGUCCUCAGCUUCACCUGCAUCCCCAUCAGCACUAAAAGGGUUGGCACCCAUGCCCAGGCUGCCCCUCCAGGCAGAGCCCAGGCCAGCGUGUUCGACCUGAAGGCCAUCAGCCGCCUGCUGCUGAGGCCCGGCAUCCUGCCCGUGUUCCUCGUCAAGGUGGUGUCCGGCUUCCCCUCUGGACUCUUCAUGGUCAUGUUCUCCAUCAUUUCCAUGGACUUCUUCCAGCUGGACGCUGCCCAGGCUGGCUACCUCAUGUCCUUCUUCGGGGUUCUCCAGAUGGUCAUUCAGGGCCUGGUCAUCGGCUGGCUGAGCAGCCACUUCUCGGAGAGGGCCCUGCUCCGGACCAGCGUGCUGGGCUUCAUCGUGGUGGGACUGGCCAUGGCCCUGAUGUCCAGUGUCUUCCACUUCUGCCUCCUGAUGCCGGGCCUGGUCUUCAGUCUGUGUGCCCUCAACGUGGUCACCGACAGCAUGCUGACCAAGGCUGUCUCGGCCUCAGACACGGGCACCAUGCUGGGCCUCUGCGCCUCCGUGCAGCCCUUGACUCGCACCCUGGGGCCCACGGUGGGCGGCCUCCUGUACCGCAGCUUCGGGGUCCCUGUCUUUGGCCACGUGCAGUUUGCCACCAACGUCCUUGUCCUCCUGGCGCUCUGGAGACAGCCUCUGGCCCAGAAGCCGGACAAAGUCUGGUGACCACGGUCCCAGGGCACAGACCAACAAUAAAUUCCUCCA